GUUAUCCCAAUCGGUUCUCGUGUUCGUGUACGUUGUGGCGAUCGGGUGGCUUACGAAGCCAAAGUGUUGAAACACAUCCGACCGCAGCCGGAAUUGUGUUCCCGAACGUCCGAACAGAAUUCCCACAAUAACAACAGUAACAGCGCAUAUGUCCGUGCGAAAUGGUCGGCCAGUUCGGAAAUGCAAUACCGCGUUCAUUAUAUGGGUUGGAAUCGCAGACACGAUGAAGUUGUGCCUCGGUCACGAAUCAUGCCUACAUCCUUCAUCCCUGUGCGAAAUGAAUUGGGAUCCGUGAAGCGAUCAGCCACACGAGAUAGUCUGACCGAAUCAGCCGUUUCCUCCGGUGGUUCUUGUCACGGUGCUGCAGCGGAACGCAUCAAACCGGAAAUGGGUAUUGGUACAUCGCGCUCAGAUACAACUGAAUCCGGAGCACCGCCGUCGGGCAAACGGGCUCGUCUCGGACCACUCAUCGGGGACAAACACAUUCAACUAACAGAUUUAUCGGAUCCCGGUAAAAGCAAGACUGCCACAUCGACUAGCGGUAGCAGCACUCGAUCCUCGUCUGGGACCGUGAAGAUUGAGGCAGACGUAGAAGGAGGAGAUACGCCGAAACGUAUCAUGCAUUCGACACGAACUGAUUCGGCCAAAGACGAGCGAAUUGGAGCGCAGAAUAAACGCAAAAAUACUGCACCUUUAGUCACCCCAACCACUGCCCCCGUGUCGUCCAUUCCUUCAGGUGCGACCAAUUCCGGACCGAAGUCUUCCACCGGUGCCGGGGGUAAACAGCGUGAGGAUACCAGUUCGGGACGGGAGAAGGCAGAUGGUCCUGCCAUGAAACGACCUCUCACCUAUGGAGCUAGACGUAUCAGCUUGAUUAAAGGUGAUAAACUCCGCUCACUGAAACGUACCAUCUCGGGAACCGGAACCGCGACAGUACCACGCAAACGAGUUGUACCGUUGCGUAACGGAUCCACGAGCGUCAGUAAUGUCACUAUCGCAUCUCAGAAUACCUCUGUUACUAAGACGGAGGAGGAAGAAGAGGAUACAAUCAAACCUGAGGUGAAAAUAAAAAAGAAGCCCGCUUUUACAGACUCCACAGUCAAGGCUACGGAUACUGCUCGAACCGCAAGACCAUCGUCUGAACGCGCACGUGCCGCCUCUACUGAACCCACAAAAUCCACCCAGUCAGUAGUAUCCAUAUCAUCAUCAUCCAAAUCGGCUACUUUUUCAUCUUCAGACAGAACAGGUACCGUUAGGCGACGUAGCGUAUCGCCACCUACUACUUCCAAGCCCAUGAAAAGCGAGCCUGUCCGUAAACAACCUGGUCAGAAACCUCCACCGGAUGAUAAGGACUCAAGUAGUCGUCAGUCAGUCAAAUCCCGACCAAGUAAAUUGACAACAGAGACAAAAGUCAAUGUGAACCGAAAGAAACCAAAAUCUGGUAAGACUGAAGUUGCGAGCACGGGUACUCCACGAGGCGGUACAAGCACGCGGACUAGUCCAACUAAACGAACUCCGGCUUCGCGAAAUGCUCAAACUCCGAUUCAACGAACCACUCGAGUUCGUCAUUCUUCCGUAUCAUCAACUUCUUCGGACUCGUCUUCUUCAUCCGACUCCGUCGCGUCUAUAUCUGCUCCCUCCACGACUAGAAAGUCUCAAAAGACGUCCGCACCACCUAAGGAGACGACGACUGGUACGGCAACCUCGGACUCGGGUGCUCGUCGCGGACGAGAUGCGAAACGUGGAGCCGGUGCAAGACGUGGUCGCCCAGGUCGUGUUGCCGGUGGCAGCAUGGUUGGUACUGGCGGUGCGGAUCGAAGCUCGAGCAGCAGUCGUAGUAGUAGCCGAAGUAGAGCAAGUGGUCGUAGUAGUAGACAAGGCAGCGGUUCAUCGUCGUCUUCUUCGUCCUCUUCGUCUUCCUCCGAUUACGGGAACAUGGACGCGUUGCCCCGACUAACGCGUAGUCAACAUCGUCAACUUCUCGGAGACACGCCACCCGGAGCAGCUCUUCAAACUGCAGCUCCGGUGAGCGCCUCGACAGGAACUACAACUAAUGCGACAAACGUCACUGUCAAACCGGAACCACCGACGAAAGAGAUCUCACCGAAAUCUGCCUCAAAGAUCGAGACGAAAGAAGGACCAGUCCCGGAAAAGUUGGACAAAAAACCCAGUCCAAGUGAUGAUAAAUCCCGCGGGGGAUCGAAGCCCGGUUCGACCACUGUGUCACCUGCUCCGGCAAUGGUUACACCGACCUCUACUCCUGUGGAGUCGACAGAUACUGCUAGCACCCCUCCCACAGUUCCUACGAUCGCAAGCACACCAAUCAACAACGUGUCAGUCGCCCGUGCAGAAUCGGACAAAGGUGCAGCAAAACAAACGACCACUUCCAGGUCACGUGAACCAUCGGAAACAGUAGCCGAAGAAUCCUCUAUCGUCAUCAGUCCGCCUAGUCCGAAAAGUGCUGGCAAGAUCCGUGCCCGUUCGAAAGGAGGACGCUCGGUGGAUGGGAGUUCAUCCUCAAAUGGAGCUCGUGAACGUGUGGUAACAAAGGUCACACCGUCGGAUGAAAUUCCAAAGGAUAAACCGGACGAACAGGAAGGUCAACAGGUAAAAAUUGAACAGCCCCCGGAAGUAGAAGAGGUAGAAGAUGCGGAAGAGGAAGAUGAGCAAAGUUCCGUUCACACGGUCAGCACUGACCCAAUGAAAGGUGUAUUAUUUGACUUGACCAUGUCACCGGACGCUGUGACUCCGAUCCGAUCCUCUUCUUCCGCGUCUGCUUCCGUCUCAUCCCCAGUCGCUUCGUCAUCCAGUUCAGACAGUGAAAUGGACGAAAAGUGUAUUACGAUAUCACCGGUGACUGCAACAGCUCCGGCAGCUACACAUGCAGAUUCUGAGAAAGAUACAGACUCAUCAACGUGUCGUCGACCGCAGCGCCCUCUUUUAGGGGAUAAAGGUGUGACGGGUGACGAAGUGGAAGAAGGAGACGAUGAGGAAGUUGAGGCUUCCUCAGACACGGAUGCAGAUGAUGGCGAUGAAGAGGUGGAGGAUGAUAAUGCAUCGGCUCCGUCCACCGCCACCACAGGGGGUUCGAAAAGAUCGGUUCGAUUGCGUAAACGCUCCGAUGCAGUGUCCCGGGGUUCUGCAGAACCAGAAGUUGAAGAUAAGUCAUCUCGCAUAGAGCAAGAACAUGGGCCGGCCAAGCCGUCAGCUCGUCGACGUCGAACUAGCGUGAGCAGCAGCACAGAAAAUACAAGCACGACAACUACUGGUAGGAAAGGAUCAAAACGCGCACACGGAACUCCUCAACGGUCUCUGGCAUUUGAUCGAUCACCCACACCGACUUCCGAUUCGCCCCACUAUCCUCAUUCGCCUGCGCUUUCUUCCACCGCGGGUACUAUGUCCGGUGCUCCGGCCACACCGACUGGUACAUCCGGUACAAAGUCCGCAUCACAAACCGGACCGAGGUUGUUAGCAUCACAGCGACGUUUUGGCGGUCCGUUCUUUCCAAUCCAAGGAUUGGACGAGAUGCACACAGAAGCGAAGUGUCAGGACCGCAUGCACCAGAUCGUCGAGGCAUGGCGUCUUGCAAAACAAUAUCUGAAAGAUUUGGAUCAACGAACUAAUCGUACGCGCCGACUACGUGCCCGAAACCCCGGUCAAGAUGCCCCUUCAUCCGGUUCGGUGGCGGCGGGAUCGAAACUGUCCAACACGAUGGUCUCAGUGACCACCACCACCACUGCCACAACAAACUCUGAACUCAGCUCGGGUAGCGAUCAGCAUCGUGUGGUUGCGCCAAUCUAA